UAUCACAACUUGUAUCGCGCAGUCACUGUGCCACAGCAGCAAAAUGGCGUCUGAAGACGAAAUAAGCCGCCUUACUAACUUGAUGGACUUACGAAGAAAAUUCAAAGAAUUGGGGCUAAAUUUUAAGGGUGUGAAAAGCAUUGAAGAGGGGCGUGUAAUAUUACGAAGACAUCUGCAAGAAGAGAAAGACCAGAGGAUGAAACCAAACCUGGGCAACCUCAACAUCAUCCAUAACAGUGUGAAGAAGGAUCGACGGGUGAGGCAAGAACUCAGAAAGCACCUUGAAGGCCUUAAUGAAUACCUGACAAAGUUGCCCCCGAAUAAAAUUGCCAACCUUAAUAAAGAAUUGAUGCCUUUCACCGUGUACGAAGUUGUGCAGAACUUGCUUCAUGAAGCAGAUUCACCGGCUAGCGCUAUCCUUGUCGCCGGAGAAACAUCUGCAGGAAAGAGUUCUCUCAUCAACCUUCUCCUUGGAGAGGAAGUUCUCCCGACCUCCUUCAUAAGUAAUACGUCGGUAAUCUGCGAGAUCAAAUACGACACCCAGAAGAGAGCGGACGUCUACAGAUUCGGUUCAGACACACCUGACGUCACUUUUCCCCUGGAAAAGACAAAGUCCGUGGAACAACUGAAGCCAUACCUGACCCAAACUGACAGCAGCCGUGAUGUGGAGGUCUUCGAAUAUGAGAGAGUUGAAAUAUUUUGGCCAUUGGAUCUACUAAAGCACUCCGUAUUCUUGGUGGAUAGUCCAGGUGUUGGGGAAAACCAGAGAAUGACCAACCUCGUUCAAAGCUACAUACCCAAAGCAUCCGCCUUCAUCUAUGUUAUUAACAGUAUGAACGCAGGAGGAGUACAGGAGGGAAGGUUGAAAAAACUACUAGAAACUGCUGUGAACAACUCACAUGAGGGUGCUCAGGAUCGAAGUGUGUUUGAUCCAGCGUCUAGCAUAUUUGUGUUAAAUCGAUGGGACCAGGUCGAUGCAGACAACAAAAAAGCUGCUUUUGAUGACACACUUAAAAAGCUGAAGAACAUCAGCACAAAGUUUCAUGAAGGUCAAUUAUUUCCUAUGGCCACAACUCAAGCCUACAGCGCAUUACAACAGGACGUCGUAAAUCCGGACUAUGCAGCAUUGCUUCAUGGCAUAGAACUUCUGAUCCCCAGGACCCAGAGGGUUAAACAGGAGACCAUAUACAGGAGAGCGACGUACCUUCUGCAACGCUCAUCUAUCCAUCUGCAUUCCACAAUACGCCAGAAAAGAAACUCCAUGAGUCAGGACGAACGCUUAAGAGACUAUCUGUCACAGCAGCUGCAGAUUCUGGAGCGCCAACACGGGACAGUGCUAGCGGAGAUCAAUGCCGCCGUUAUUAAGGCAAGUGAAGACGCGGCAAGAGAAAUACUAGGUCUUCUUAAAAAUGGAAGCAUACGAGAGGCCAUUCUGCGCUUUGAAGGUGACGACUUUCCCGACUGCAAAUCAGGCACCCAGUGGCCAGCAUUCUACAAAGCAGCAAAAGUGGCCACAAAUAGGAAAAUCAACGCUGAGGUGGACAAAUGGCUGACAGAGAAACAUUACUUUGAAAAUAUCCGCAACCAACUUUGGGAGGAUAUCGCUAGCAAAUACCAAUUAUUAGAGCACCAGCAAAAGUUGAUAGAAGCCCAGAUAGCUUAUAAUUAUGGAGAGUCGGAGGAGAUAGGAGAAGGAGGAGAUCAAACCACUGCGUUGCAAAUCAACGAAAGCAUAGGACCAAAAAUACGGAUCAAUAAAACCCAGAAGGUUCUCGUGGCAGCUACUGCACCUCUGUGGAUCCCUGUUGGUCUCGUGGCGUCCGUGUUUCUUAUCCCUGCAGUGUCAGCAUAUGCCAUUAAGGACAAAGUAAGCUCCGUCAGGUACAAUAAAGAUAAAUCAAAAGCAAUGCAUUCUAUUGCUGAAAAACAGAUUGCCAAGUGUUGUGAAAAGGAGAACCAUUUGGCAAAGAAAAUUGAAGAAAUGUUGAGAUCCCAGCUGGAGCCAUUGUUUGAGUCUUAUGACAUGAUCAAACAGAUUGUCCAGGUUGACGUGGAGCUGUUAAAAGAGCAAGCACUGCUUCACAGCGAAGAAACUGCUCGAAUCUACGACUGUUGCAAGGAAAAUAGGCGCAUUACAUCUAGAUUUGACAUUCUGUACAUUGCGGCAAUACGGGACUACUGUAUCGCAUACACAGACAUCUGCUGGGGGGAGAGGGUCGCCAGCGGGAUGUUUGGAGAUGUGCGCAAGGCGACACACGAGAGAGAAGAUGUUGCUGUGAAGGAGAUGAAGUGCUCAUUUUCGGCCUUCGAUUACACUGAUAGCGACUCCAGGAGAGCCAGUGAUUUCUUGAAUGAAGAAGAAGCAUUAAGAAAAUUAAGCCACAAGAACAUCAUUGAAUAUCGCGGGACUGCAGCACAGCGGGUUGCCGGCGGCAGUGUGAACGUUGCCAUUAUCAUGGAAUACGUCGACUUCACCUUAGCCCAGCGUAUCAUUGUCCCAAAUCAACACAACCAGUUUGAGGAAAGGCGUAAAACUAACCGUCGCGUCGACCCUCGUUUCUUGACCACCGCGGUGGCGUUCUUUGGCCAACAGAUAUUCCAGGGUCUUCACUAUAUCCACAGACAAGGUUAUGCACAUAGGGAUCUGAAGCCUGAAAACAUCUUGAUCAGUAGAGAUGAUCAAGUAAAAUUGGCAGACGUUGGGCUGUGUAAACCAAUCAACGAUAUUCUCGGCACUACCUGCGGGACUAACCUUUAUAUGGCACCGGAAGUGAGAAGAGGUGACAUCUAUGGUUUUCCGUCAGACAUCUUCAGCAUGGGGUUGAUACUGUGGGAGAUGUGGUUUGGGAUGAGAGCAAACCAGGACAUAGCGUUCAGAGAUGUCAAUGACAUGUCAGAAUGGCGUCCACAGUUUGAGCAACCUGGACUUACAUCACCUCCUCAUGAUCUGAGAAGCCUCAUUGAAACAUGCUGGGUACCCGACCCCCGAAAGCGCUUGAGAUCAAUGGCCGCAGUAGCGCGGUUGGAAAAGUUAGAUAAUAUGUAAAUGACAUUGUUUGCCAUAUGAGCAUAUACACGCAUUAAUACAUGUACAGACGCAUCUUUCACAAUAUACAGGGUAUGAUUAAUUUUAAUUAACGUUAAAACGUUUAAACAUGACUUUUUAAAUUUGACGGAGCGCAUCUUGUGCCCCAAUUCAUUCAGGCGAUUUCAUUACGACCAUACUAGGAAUAAAUUGUGAUCUGUAAAAUGGCUAUGGCCUUGUGUAGAACUAGGUGCCCGAUUUCAUAAUUGCAUGGGGCCUAUAACGACAACAGAUAUAGUGGCUUUUGAUUUUUUUUGUUCAUUUUUUACUUUUUGACAGACCAUACAUUAGUUUUAUGUGUGAUAAUACGAAGGACAAUCUUGUACACGUGUACAAUGUAGCUCAAGCAUUUGGCGUUGUAUUUUGUCUCACAAGUUAAGGGUAAUUACAAAAUAUGGAUUUAUUGAACGUGUGCUUUGCAAAACAUUUUGACAGUUAAUCUGAGUAUUUCUAACUUUUUAUUUUUUAUUCUAUUUUUAACCUUUUAUUC